AUAUGGUGAUGGUGUCUUCAGUUUUGCCGCCAUUUCAACUGCUUACCAGAUCAAGCAACCAUUCUAGGGUUUGGCAUUUGGCGGGAAAGCAAAAAGGGGACUGAGAGAUUGAAGGAGAUAGAAUGGCGAACAAAUUAAUCAGUCAGAUGGGAUUACCCAGAUCGAUAGCUAAUAUUUUUGCAGCGCGUAAUAUUACCACAGCCAAGGAAGCUUUGUCUUUAACUGAAUUUGAGUUGUUGGAGUUAUUGGAUGUGGGAUUAUCUGAAGUUGCAUUUGCAGUUGCACACAUUAGUGAAAUUACUUCUCCUCCUUAUCAGACUGUGCUUUCUUUGAUGGAGCAAAGACUUCAAAAUGAGCAUUUAGCUGGGCAUCUUUCCACAUGUUUAAAAGGUUUAGACGAGGCCUUAUUUGGUGGAAUCCCAUUUGGCGUCCUGACAGAACUCGUUGGUCCAGCUGGAAUUGGCAAAACGCAAUUUUGCUUGAAACUCUCUUUAUUAGCUGCUCUGCCACCAAGCUAUGGAGGUUUAGGGGGCCGUGUCAUAUAUAUUGAUGUAGAAUCUAAGUUUAGUUCCAGAAGGAUGAUUGAAAUUGGUAUGAGAAGCUUUCCUGAUGUAUUUCACAAGAAAGACAUGGCACAAGAGAUGGCUGGUAGGAUUCUUGUUUUGCGGCCAGCAUCACUUUCUGAAUUCACUGAGAGUUUGCAGAAAAUCAAGGUUUCACUUCUUGAGCAAGAAGUAAAGCUAGUAAUCAUUGAUAGCAUGGCAGCUCUUAUUACUGGGGAAUAUGAGCAAGGGGCACCCAUACAGAAUUCUUUGGGUUGGCAUAUUUCGUUUAUCAAGUCAAUUGCUGAGUUUGCACGAAUUCCAAUUGUUGUGACAAACCAAGUUCGAUCCCGGAACAGGAAUGAGGUUUCCCAUUAUUCUUUUCAAGAACUGAGCAGCAGUGGAGCUCAAGGAUGUUCUCCAGGAUAUGACUCUCAUCUUGUUGCUGCCUUGGGUGUUCAUUGGGCUCAUUCUGUGACAAUCCGUUUGGUGCUUGAAGCAAAAUCUGGUCAGAGGUUCAUCAAGCUUGCAAAGUCUCCAAUGUCACCACCUCUAGCUUUCCCUUUCAUCAUAACCUCAUCCGGAAUUUCAUUGCUGAGUGACAGUGGAAAAGAACUGAGUGGAACAGAGAUCAAUGAGAUUCACUGUCAAGCAUACAGUGAUAUUAUCAGCAACCAUUGGGAAAAUCAGCAGUGACUAUUGCCACUCAAAUGUGAAGGGGACUGCUAACAUCUCUGGCUUGUCAUGAUGCACAUACGAGAGAGACUUGUACUGAAUUGGUGGUUUCCUGUUAUUAACGGUCAAUUAACAAGGAAAUGGUUAAUCAAUUCCUAAUUAUUAUUUUCAUUCUCAUUUCAUGCGUGAAUUUUCUUUCCUAUUUCGUGAAAAUCCAUAAUUUAUUCUACCAUUCUCUUUUUUUUUUCAUGUUGUCUUUACAGGAUAGCUUAGAACUAACAUGCGGAACAUAGAAGAUGGAAAAGAUAUCAAACCUGCGGAUGAUAUUUGUUGAGAGGAAUUGUCUGCCUUAGUUGCUUAGUGAUAAAAAUGUUUGGAAAAUACAGGCAGGACCUUAUUUUGAUUAAUUAAAAUGCUGGAACAAGGUUAGCACCAAUUUGAUCAUCCUUCAGCCAGCUCCUAUUUGAGACAAUAAUGCUUCAUGAAAUACCUACAGCCAUUGAAGUUCUAUAUGUUAUAGAAUAUGUUUUGAAAUUUUUAGAUUAUGCUCCUGAAAUGGUUGCCAUCAAUACUUGAAAUGCUGCUUUUCUUCUGAAUAUUAUCUUGAUGGUGGAGGGCCAAAAUGUUUGUUAUUGUUCGGCCAACUGAAGGUGGCGAUUGCCACAUCUGGUGUAGUAGACUAGAGUUUCAAAGAUUGCAAAACAUUAGACUUUGGAACUCUUGGAACACAAUGGCGCUAUAGAAAGCAUAGAAUUUGUGUUAUGGACUAAUAUAUUUUAUGGUCACAUGAGUGCUUCAUCAUGCCAAAUUUCAAGUACAGCAAGCUCGAGAAGGAAAAGAAAAUGAGUUUAUGAACCUGAAGGAUAAGGAAAUGGCUUGCUGGAAGACAGGUCGAGUUCUCCAAAACCUGUUUAUGGGUAUUUUUGCAAGUGCUUGUCUGGAAAGAAAGUUAUCUCGAUACUGCCAAAUUAAGGAAGAUUAUGGUGUGUAUCUAUUUGACAUGUGGGAGUCAUCGGCUGCGCCAGCAACCGAGGUAUUAUUAAUGCAUUAAAAAGAAUUGCAAAUUGGUCUUAGAACUUGGCACUUUUUUUUGUUUUUUUAAUGAAUGUCUGAACAUGUUUAGCUUUUAAGUACAGAAAUGAUCCGAUGCUGUUUGCAAUAAAUUAAUGAGACAUAAUACCCUUGUUAGUCACUAA